UUGCAUACAAGACUAAUCCCAAAAAUCAACAUUCAAUACAUAUUUAUUUCUUCCCUUCUCACAACACACCAUGUGCUAUUGUUUUUUCCACUCUCCCCAUAAAUACUUUCCUUUCCCUAAUUCCAAUUCCACACAACUCAAAAAAUUCAAAUAUUCAAACCACACCUCAAGUGACCAUCCUUUCUAAAAUCCCCAAAUCUCCUCAUAUCAAAAAACCAAAAAAAAAAAUGGCUCUAAAGAAAUCAAGCAAACACAUAACUCAAAGUGUAGCCCUCAAACAAAUCUUGAAAAGGUGUUCAAGUUUUGGAAAAAAUGAGAAUGGACUUCCUCAUGAUGUACCAAAAGGCCACUUUGUAGUAUAUGUUGGUGAAAAUAGAAGUAGACACAUAAUUCCAAUUUCUUGGUUGACACAUCCUGAAUUUCAAAGUUUGCUUCAAAGGGCUGAAGAAGAAUUUGGAUUCAACCAUGAUAUGGGACUUACUAUCCCUUGUGAUGAAGAAGAUUUUUGUUCUCUAAUGUCAAUGUUCUAAUAAGAGGUAAAACUGCGUACAAAAGAUCUAAAUGUGGUUCGACCCAUUCUUUGGAAUAAUCUUACGCACUACUAGAGCUUACUGCAUCAGACUGCCCUUUGAAUCAGCGAGACACUAUUGGAGA